AUGUCCGACGCCGGCGACAGACGACAAGCGCUCCGAGCGGGCUCUGCGUCGCACAAGUACAGAGCCGGCAUUCUGGCAAACAAGCCGAGGACGAAGCCAGUCGCAUGCCGCCGCUGCCAUGCACGCAAGGUCAAGUGCUCGGGCGGCAAACCGUGCACCAACUGCAGACAGCUCGAAUGCCCUGAUGAUUGCGUCUACCCCGCCCGCGACCGCCAAGUGCGAGUGAGCCAGAAUUACAUCGAGGAGCUGCUGGAGGAGAACGAGCGCCUGCGCGAGUCAAGCCACUCCUCCACUACCCUUCCCACCCCCAACCCAACCACUGCCCCCGAGAAUGAACAGUCUGCCGAUGCCUCUGAGAACGACGAGACUGUGCGCAACCCUUUGCUCGAGGACCGCGCCUGGUUCUUUCCCAUGAAUACGUCCGAGAUGCCCAUCCACAUUGGCGAGGCAGCCGACGCCGCCUUUGCAACACGCUUCCGCCAGGCCCUCUCCGACACGCCACACAGGCACAUUCCAAGAACCCACUACGUGACUGAUGAGGAGCUGAUGGCUCUGACCGACAUCGACUGCCAGUGGCCCACUGCCCCGCGCGCUCGCUUCCUGGUCAAGGUUUCUCUCAACACCAUCUGCCAACGCUUCCAUGCCGUUCGCAAGAGUGCUCUCCUUGACGGCCUCGAAAUGGCAAUUCGCAAUCCUACAGGCUGCGACGAGCUUUUCAAAUGCAAGCUUUGGGCCAUGUUUGCCUUGGGAGAGGUCUUCUCCACUCGCACCGUCUCUGCCCAAGGCUUUUUCCCAGGCCUGGUUUACUUCGCCCGUGCGAGCAGGAUGCUACGCGUAGUAGGCGAACGCCCAAGGAUCGAUUCGAUCGAGAUACUGCUUCUGCUUUCGUUCUAUUCUCUGACCGUCAACAGGCGCCAUGCUGCAUACUACUUGGCAAGCUCUGCAGUGCGUCUGAGCAUUGUCAUGGCAUACAUCUGUGAUCGAAUGUGGGCCUCGAAGCUCGGCCAACCUGCGUCUAUCCUGGAUGAUGACAUUGAAGUCGACCUGCCAUCCAGUGAGGGACUGACAGGUCCUCAGGCCAGGGAUUUCGGCGACCCGGAUUACAUCAUUGCAAGCAUACGCUUAGCCAGACUGGCCACGCAUAUCAUUGCCUCGAUAUACAAGAGAAAAGGGCAGCACGGAGCCUUCUCCCAAAGGGUCCAGCAGGCGUUGCGAAACUUGAGGAGUUGGGUCGAAGAGCUGCCGAGCCAUCUGCAGCUCGACACGGAGGAGUCUUUACAAGCAAAGUCAAAGCCCAUUAUAUACUUACACCUAUCUUUCAACCAGUUUGUCGUUCUUGCAACGCGACCCAUUCUCCUGCACGUUUUCCGCACAUAUCGAGAAUCUUUACGGACGCCGGCAAGCUCACCAACGCCAAUCCCCGAAACAGCCCUCGCUCUCGCAGAGGCCUGCAUCCGCUGCGCGCGGCAUUCCUAUCGUCUGCUCACCGAAUCUUGGAUCGACGGCGCCUUCGCCACCUUCGGCUACUUCGACACGCAGUAUCUUUUCUCGGCCGCUACGAUCCUAGCCAUCUCGAGUUUCCUGAACAGCAAAGAUGCACAAAGCGACGGGGAUCACUUCGAAACGGCGGCGCAGUUCCUUGGCCAGCUGGAGCAAAACGGCAACUUCGCAGCCAAGGAGUUCUGCCGGCAUAUUGAUGCUAUGCGACGGAUCAUGCAGGAGGCGCGCGGUACUGAAACGUAUGCUGUCAACCCAUCUGCGCCACAAUCCUCUGCAGCCGCCGGUGUAGUCCAAGGCGAGGAAGUCCAGUAUACGCCGGGCUCAAUGGUGACGGCGGGAAUGGCGCUGGCAGAGCCGUCGUUGCAAGAGUUCCUGUCCCAGCCGGAUAUCGACUUGAGGUUUAUCGAUACAUCGAUAUACGAUGGAGGGCUGCAGAGCUUGUAUUGGCCCGAAUUGCGAGGUGAGGAUUGGAUGGGAGGCGGUCCUUGA